UAAAAUAAAUAUUUUGCAAGGUAGACUAGUAUUUUUUAACAGAAAAAAACAAUGCACUUAGAAAAGGUAACUCACUAUGGUUGCAGUUCACUUUAACAUGAGAAUUUUAAGAACAUUUUAUUUCUGACUGGUAAAUUGAAAGAAGCUCUACAACAAAUAUGUCUACAGAUAGCCACUGCGAUGAUGAGCAGGUGUUGAUGACAACACUGUGGUGAGCAAAGUUUAAUUACUGGUUACUCUCCUUAUAGGGGAGUCACUCCUAUAAAGUCUCAUGCAGAGCCUUCGCUCAGAACAAAUGCCGAACGGAUGUCCGCCUUUGGGAAUGAGUGCCACAAUGCUGUUCCAUUGCAGGGAAAAUAUUUGUUGUUUGUUGUUGUUAUGAGACUUUAUAUGUUGACGGAUGGUGAUUGAACACUUGGCUGUACCUCAACAACUUGUGUAUCUGCCUAAAAAAGUGAUGGAGGACAACAGCUCAUGGGUUGGUGGUGAGGUGAGACAGAUCAAUGACAGGGUGAUUUCUGUGCAGCUCCUGGUCACGAUGUUUCUUAGCAUCAACUUUUUACUCAUCCUAACCUUUUUCAAGAAGAAGUCCUUCUACACAAUUGCACGCUACAUCUUAUUUGCUGUUACACUACUGUCUGAUAGCUUUUUAUUACUCAUAUCUAAUAUUCUGUUCCUCUUGGCCUAUUUCAAUUUUACCAUGCAAGUUUGGUUAUGCAUCAAUAUUUCAAUGGUAGUGCUUCUGUAUUCGAUGGUCACACCAGUUACUCUGACAGCAAUGACCUUGGAGCGAUAUGUUGCCAUUUGCAUGCCUCUGCGCCAUGCAGAGCUGUGCUCCGAACGCAUCCAUGUGCAUUGCAUUCUCAUCAUUCAUGGCCUCAGCUCUUUACCCUGCCUUGCAGUUUUUUCCUCUUUCUUUGCAUCAGCCUCUCUGAGCUUGUACAAACAACAUAAGAUAUGCUCUCUGCAGAUGUACAUUUUGCACAGGUGGCAGGAUCACAUAUGGUCAACUGCACAACAGAUUUACUUCUUCAUUAUGGUUAUCACCAUUGUAUUCUGUUAUGUUAAAAUAAUGAAAGUGGCCAAAAUGGCAUCCGGAGACAAUAAAAAGUCAACAUGGAAAGGUCUCAGAACAGUGAUUCUUCAUGGUUUCCAGUUGCUGCUCUGUCUCAUCCAGCUAUGGACCCCUUUCAUAGAGAAUUAUGUAUUUCAGAUUAAUUUAAGUUUAUUUAUUAAUGUAAGGUUCUUUAACUAUGUAUUGUUUUAUCUUACUCCAAAAUGUCUAAGUCCCCUGAUAUAUGGGCUCAGGGAUGAUCAUUUUUUUCAUGCACUGAAAAAGUAUGCCUUCUUUGACUUGUUUAAAAGAAACAUUUUUCAAGGUAGAGCAAUAGCUUUUAACAGAAAAAAUGCACAAUGCACUUAAAAAAGUGACUCACUAUGGUUGCAAUUCACUUUUUUCGAAAAAACCCUACUUUUACACAAUUUACAGUACAACUAGUUAUGAUUUUCCACUGUAGUAAAGGCAACAGUGCUGGAGGGCAGAACAAACAAAUUAGAUUAACCUAUAGUUAGGUUAGAUAUGGAUAUAGAUAAAUAGUGCUUUUUAAAAUUCUUGUGCUAUUGUGGAUUGUUUAUGAUGCACUGUGCAUUAUUUUUCUAUAACUGCGCUGCUCAGAGAUCAUGCUUUUUUUUUUACAAACAAAAAUCUGCUGAUAUUGCUGCCAUCAGACAAGUCAGAGGCAAAGAACAUAGGACUU